GAAUCCGAACAUUCUCAGACAUUGCUAAUACAUCCCCAAACGCAUCGAUUGAAGAACGCACUGUAUUAAGUAACUAAUGCUUUUAUCAGGUUUAGCAACAAACGCCACCAUUUUGUUACCUAACAGAAAAACCAAAGCUCCGCGACUGAACAGUUUAUUGUCGUACACUAUAGUGCGUUUCAAUGGCAGGGGACGAAAGUGUCUUUCUGAGGGCGAAGGAUCGGAGUUAUAAGGGGCUGACAGAAGAGCUGCUGUGAAGGUGUUAUAUACAACUGAAGUUUCUAUACGACAAGCGAGAGGAACAUUUCCACACAAUCCAGAUGAACAGAAGGAGUGGAGCGGGCCUUUUUAUUUCAUCCAGGCUGCAGACCCUCAGCUGGGCCUAAUGAAGGCAUGGAGGAUUGGUGACUGCGAUUCAGGAGGCGAUGAGUGGACUGAGGAGGUCCAGCUCACAAAGCAGGCAGUCCAGGCCAUCAACAAACUACAGCCCAGACCUCGCUUCAUGGUCCUGUGUGGAGACCUGGUCCACGCUAUGCCUGGAAAUGAGUUCAGAGAAGAACAAGUUAAGGACCUCAAAGAAGCACUGAGAGGCACUGACCCCGACAUUCCUCUUGUGUUCGUCAGCGGCAACCACGACCUUGGCAACACACCCACUCCGGACACCGUGGAGCAGUUCUGCCGUGACUGGGGCGAUGAUUACUUCAGUUUUUGGGUGGGUGGGGUCUUGUGUUUGGUGUUGAACUCUCAGUUCUUCUUCGACUCAUCAGGCUGCCCUGAGUUAAUGGAGGCCCACGAGGUCUGGCUGGAGAGCCAGCUGCAGAGAGCCAUCCAGACCCCCUCCCACCACGUGCUUGUCUUCCAGCACAUUCCGCUCUUCCUCCGUACACCUGAUGAAGAGGAUGACUACUUCAACCUGCAGAGGGGAAUCAGAGAGCGCUUGAUCCAGAGAUUCAAACAGGCAGGGGUGAAAGCUGUGUUCUCUGGUCACUACCACAGAAAUGCAGGAGGAUGCCAUGAUGGGCUGGAUAUGGUGGUGAGCUCUGCAGUCGGUUGUCAGUUGGGGAAUGACACUCACGGUGUGCGAGUGGUGGUAGUUACUGAAGAUUACAUCAUCCAUCGCUACCAUAGUCUGGAUCAAUUAACCGAAAGAGGAAUGGAUGAAGACCUGAAGAAAUUGUUGGUUUAAAACCACCUCCAGAUCAAUAAUCAUGUGGUUGUGUCCUCAUCUUCAACAUUCAUAAUAGAAACUGAGCCGUUGUUAGUACAUUUAGAGGUUUUUUUUUUUUUUUUUUACAGGAACAAAAAGAGUCUUAUGUUCUGUAUACAUUAGCAAGCAUUAAAAAAUUUGAACCAGUGGCACUUUUGAUCUUUGAUACUCACAUCAUCUGUCUCCACGUUUUAAUCAUGCAAAUGUGUCUGAGAAUUCCUUAAACAGUGAAGAUAAAUCACCUCAUCAUACUAAUGGAGUGAGGAGAUGCUAGGGUGCAAUGGUAGUUUAAUAGUGCUGAACAUUUUGGAUGACAGUUUGAUGAGUUCACUCCUUGCUCCUCUCUGCUCAUUACUCUGUUCUGUCUCUGAGAGGAGGGAAGAGGCAAUCUCCAUGGUAACUAUUGAAAGACAUGACUGCGUUGACCGGGACAUCGAGUCACUUGUACUGUGGGUGGAUCACUGAAAACAUAAUUGCUGACCUCACCUCACACUUGGACGAUUGCAGCCGGGUGUGACUUUGACGGCAGGCAUACAGCAAUAAAGACAUUUUAAAUGACCAAGCUCUUGUCUGAAUUCAAUCUGAGACCUCACCAGGGUAAUACAUGCUAAAAUUAAACUGGAUGUUUUCCAGUUUUCUCUGGAUCUUUCCAUGUAAUAUUUAUAUGUAAUGUCUAAUGGUAUGAUCAUACAGAGGGGUUCAAAAGUUUAACGUUUUCAUUAUAAAUGAUGUAAAAGACAUUCAGUUUGAGUGAAAAGUUGAAUUGAAAACUGAACAUGAUUAUCAGAAUGUUUUAGUAUUUUAUUUGUGCUCCUUUAGCUUUAAUGGUGGUGACACUUGAGCUGCAUGAACAUCUGACUCACUGUACAAAGGUGUUCACAUGAUCAAUGUUGCAAAUUUACGGUAACACUACAAUAAGGUCUAAUUUGUUAACUCGCAUGAACGAGUAAUGAGCAGUAUAUUUUGUUAAUGUUAGUUAAUAAAAGUACAUUUGUUCAUUGUUUAUGUUAUUUUAGAGUACAUUACCUAAUGUUGAUGGACACAACUGAUUUAUUGUAGUAGUAAAUGUUAAAAUUAACAAUAAGAUAUUAGUAAAUGCUGGAGUAUUGUUUGUGUUAGUUAAUCUUAACUAAUGCAGUUAAGUAAGGGAUAAUGUACAUCAAGCCAGUUGAUCUCAGAAUAAACCCAGACAGGGUGAUCAGGAUUUUACUGAGUUUUAAUAUUUUAUUAGCUUACUAAACGCAAAACUUUGACAAAGAAAAAACAUUCCUAGCGAGCGUAUAGCGCUGCUGACUUCAGUAACACGGAUGAGCCUGUGUUAUCUGCUUUCAGCGGUUGUUAUCGGGGAAUAACAUACCGAAUCAGAAUCAAGUAUUCCACAGAGCCGUGUAAUAACUAAUGGUAACAGGUGAAACCUUAUUGUAAAAUGUUAGCUAAUUUACUUGAUUAGUGACCUAGAAAUCUGAGCGCAGAAUCUGAAGUAUUUCUUAUUCAUUUUAUGUCAUAUUUCUUUGUUUUAAUUGUAUAAUUGCCAGGUUUAAUAGAAUUAGAUUCAAAUAGAUUUUGAAUUCUGUACAUGGUUGUAUUUUUGUACUGUACUUUAAAUGAUAAAAUAAAUCAAAAAAUGCUU